AUGUUAAUAUAUAUAAAUAUAUAUUGUAUAAUUUAAAUCUUAUUUAUUCUUUUCUAAAAUAACAGAAGAAUAAAUGUAUUCCUUAAUAGUCACCAAAAACAAGUAGACAUGGCAUACAAAAAUUUUAAAUUUCACGAUGUUUACUUUAAUAUAUGAAUCAAGAUUAAAGAUAACUUUACAUUAAUUGUAAAUACAUGUAAUGUAGACUCGAAAAUGAUAAAUAUUUUUGCAUGACACAUGUAUGCAACAUAAUUAUGAUUUUCAUGAAACUUAUUUCCGGAAGAUUACCCUCGAAAAAAUUAAUGAGAAUCCUUCUAUUCACAUCAUUUGAAGUGAUUUUAAUAGCUGUCUCUCGAUUUUGCGAUUAGCCUUUCGCGUCACUCUCUUUUUCCGAGAUACGUAUAUCUCAUCUACGCGACACAGUAGACACAAUCUUCAAGAUCGUUAAUGAAAAUAUCAUACGAGACACCAGAUCACAUUUAUUCACUAUCGAGAGAGACUUGUUCAGGGAGACGAGCCGCUGCUUCUCGCGUAAAAUCAUCUAAAUCGGCUAAAUCGUCGUAUGUAAUCGGCGCCAUGAUGAACGGCGCCACGGAAACGAGCGGUCCACUUCGGAGACUCUCGCGCAAGAUUCCGUGACAGCAACGGCGGCGUACCUCCUGCCCCCGCUCGUCCAAUGGCGCGCGUCUCACCAACUGUCACGUGAUCCCGCUCGGCCAAUGAACGACGCGAUCUAGAUUCACGUCCGUUGUCGCCGAGUCGGGCAUAUUCUGACAAGCGUAGAAAAAGUCGUCAACAGCGGCCGCCAUUUUACGUUAGCCAACGUUAGCCGAGACUCGUGCGGUACGGUGGAUCGCGUUUCCCGUGCGAAUUUCUGUGGCGAGCGCGCGUUGGUCGCCCCAGUGCCGAUACGCGCGUACGCGUUCGCGUCCUUGGAUCGCGUAUAAAUGUACGGGGGCAUAAACGUUGAUCCCCGCUGAUGAUUCGCGCGCCCCGUGUGUGUCGCAGUGUGCCGAGGCGAGAGAUAGAAGAGGAGGAAGAGGAGGAGAAGAAGAAGAAGAUGGUGCCAGAGGGCCUCUCGGGAGCGACAUCGUCGCCGUGAGCUAGCGCCGUGCGCGCAGCCAGUCGUUUGACGAGUCGUCUGCGGGGAGCACGUACACCGCGAUUGUGUGUAUUUUACGUAUAGUAGUAGAUACAGUGUCGGGAGAGAGAAAUUAGCGCGGUGAGCUACCGCGGUAGUAGAUCCCGCGCGAUCGGAUCGUUCGGCUUCGUGUCGCGAUUCCGCGAUUCGACUCGAAUCGAAUCGUGACGAGACGAGACGAGAGACAGUCGCGCGCUCAUUCAUUCUCUGGCGAUCGGAGCGGCACUCGUCGAAAUUUUCGUCGUGUCGUGUCGUCACCGUUCGUCGUGGUGGUUGUCGCCGUCGUCGCGGUCGCGGUCAUCUUGCCGUCCCGCCAGCGACGCGGUACCGCAGCCGUCUCGUCAUCUCGACAUAGAGACAGAGACAGAGAGAGAGAGAGAGAGAGAGAGAGAGCGUGAGAGUGAGAAAGAGAGAUAGAGAGUGAGCAGCAGCAGAGCAGAGGAGUAGCAGCAGCAGAAACAGAAGCAGACAUUAUUAUUCGUAUCGCCGUGUGUCGCGGUGUGUGUUCCCGCUUGCGUGCGUGCGUGCGUGCAUGCGUGCGGAUUCCGACCGCCGGGGUUCGACGUACCCCAACCCCUACGAUGCCCAAUGGUUGACCGUGCACCGCAGUGUGCUACACGGGGACGCUUCACGCGCCGCGGUUACCAUUGUUAUUGUUAUGCUCGCGAAUACGAUUGCGGCUCGGUGAACUUGUUACGCGUCUUCAUCGGCGGUAGGGAAGAUACGACAGCGCUAUUAUUGACGACGAUUACGAGUAUAGAGUGCAUAACGACAGCAACGGCGACAGCAACGACGGGGCCGACGAGGACGGCGAUCUUCUAGUAAGAGAACGAACGAGGUAGCUCGCCGACGAGCGCCGACGUUUUUUUAUCGCUUUAUGCGCCGCCGCCGUUGCUGCUGAUUGACAGAGAUCGGAAAGAGCGAGUGCUUGGUGGAGAGGAAGAGGUUAGGUUUAUUACGGAAGAAAGAUAACAGGCCCGCGGAGGAGCCAUGGCCGACCACCUGGUGGACGGCCCUCCGCCGAAGCGGCCGAAGCUCGAUCCGUUCCAGGGGCCCUCGGAUACCACGGUGGGUAUGGCGCCUUUAAUGAUGCACCAUGCUUAUACGAACUACGGGGGAGGUGGCAGUGGUAACAUGCAACAAAUACAGGGCCCACCGCAACAGCUACAUCUACAACAGCAUCAGCUGCAACAACACUGGAACAACCAUGCCAUCCAGAAAAAAAAUUACAUUACAAACACAGAAAUGUUUGAUCUUGAAAAUGAUCUUCCUGAUGACUUGCUAUCGUCUACAUCUUGGGGUUCCGCGACCGAAAGCACCAAGCCACCGGCAACCGGUCCUGGUCCAGGGCAGCAAAAUGGUGCUCUCGACUCAGAACUCAGGCAACAUGUACAGCAACAACAACAACUUUCUCAUCAUCUCAUUCAACAGCAAGGCAACAAGAAUCUGGUAGCGAAUUCUUUGGUAAUGGCUGCUGGUACGCUAGGCAAUAAGAGUCCAAAUAUGCAAUCGCCACCGAACGUUUCUGUCUCCAAGGGGAUAGUCGAUCCGCAAAUGGUCGUGAGUCUCGGUAAUUUGCCGAGUAGCAUAGCCAGUUCAUUGGCAAAUAAUCAAAUGUCCAUCGCAAAUUCGAUGGGUGGUUUGCAAUCGUCCAUGAGUAUGGCCGGAAGUAACCCCGCAAUGUCGAUGCCGGGUGGCAUGAAUUCCGGAUUAGUGAUGACUAGUACUGCUAGCGGGAACAACAAUAUGGGAGGGAUGGCCGGAGGAAGUUUGAUAGUAACCAACAGUUUGAAUAAACCUUUAAAUACAGUAACUAUGAUGGGCCCUAAUACUCAAGCGAUACAUCAUCCCAGCGGGCCUCAUGGAGUCACGCCGAUGCAAAACGGUCCCGGCAUGAUGAACACGAGGGCUGUGGCGAUGCAGCAGCAGCAGCAAGCGCAUAUGGUCGGCCCAGCGAGAGGACAGAGUCCUCAUCAGCAAGUGCAUCAAGUUGGUAUUGUUGGUUCCAAUCAAGGCGGUCCUAGGAUGCAAGCUCCUCCAAACAUGACGAGUUUACCGAACAUGGGACAAAUAAGUGCAUCGAGCCCAUACGGUUAUGGUAUAUAUAAUCUAUCUUCUCUUGCUUUACGCAUACGAAGAAAUGAAAUCGGUGUUGUCAAACCGCAACAAAAGGCCGUGGGUACAAACAUGACCGCUAUGCAAGCAGCAGCAGCAGCCGCCAACAGAUUCACCGGAACGGCCGGCAUCAGUGCUAAUGUUGUAGGCGGUCAGGAGGGUGGAGCUGCAGCACAACAGGCACAACCACCCGCGCCGAGUCCUGCUCAACCUCAGUCGGGAGCGUCGACCGGAGGACAGCCAGGUCCGCAACAAGGUACUCAAGGCCAAAUGACUGUACCAACUCAAGCGACGACUGCAAAAUCGACACCCGAUCCUGAAAAAUGUAGAUUGAUUCAACAACAAUUGGUACUACUUUUACAUGCGCAUAAAUGUCAACGUCGCGAAAGUCUAGCGAAUGGUGAGAUGAGACAGUGUACCUUACCGGAUUGUAAGACGAUGAAAAACGUCUUGAAUCAUAUGACGAGUUGUCAAGCUGGGAAAAAUUGCACUGUGCCACAUUGUAGUAUGUCCAGGCAGAUUAUCAAUCAUUGGAAGCAUUGCAAUCGAAGUGAUUGUCCAGUUUGUUUACCGAUAAAACAAGCGAAUAAAAACAGGUCUAAUUCUGCGCAAGCUCCUGCAAUUCAACCAAAUAAUCAGCCAAAUCCGAGUCCAUCCGAGAUGAGAAGGGCUUAUGAUGCUUUAGGAAUUCAAUGCCCGACAACAACACCGGGACUUCUACCCGGCCAAGGUGUUGGUAGAGGUGUUAGAAUGCCAACGCCCGGAAUGGCGGGUCCACCAGGUACAUUGGGCAAUGUUAGAUUAGCAACACAACCUCAAACACAGAAUGUGAAAAGAAACGUGCCAUGGGCGUCCAUGUGUGUUUCAGCUGCGCCGGGACAGUCUGUAGUCGGUGCUGGGCAACAAGUGGUCGCUCCGAAUGUAUCUCUUCCUUUAAAUUCCGAUCCUAGUACGGUCGGGGUAGCCGGUAACCAGACAGUACCGACCACCGGACCCACUUCCGCUGCAGCGGCGGCCGCUGCCAAUAUACAGCAGUCCGUCAACAUGCAAACAUUAUUCGGAUUAAACGAGUCUGGACAACCCGGCGUAAUAGGCGGGGAGAAUAGAUUAGCUAAUUUGCAGCUUCCAGGUGGUCUUCAGUCAGGUCAAGUCACAGCGACACCAGUGCAAGGAACAAAGGAAUGGCAUAUGUCUGUCACUCCAGAUCUCAGGAAUCAUCUCGUUCAUAAACUGUUAGUAAGAGAUAUACACAAGAAACUGUUAGUAAGAGAUAUACCCAAGAAAUUAGUCCAAGCAAUAUUUCCAACUCCUGAUCCUCAAGCUAUGCUCGACAAAAGAAUGCACAAUUUGGUUGCAUACGCGAGAAAAGUUGAAGGCGAUAUGUAUGAAAUGGCCAAUUCCCGGUCAGAGUAUUACCAUUUGCUGGCCGAAAAAAUCUACAAAAUUCAGAAAGAACUUGACGAGAAACGACAGAAGCGGAAGGAACAACAACUGCAAGCGCAACAACAGCAACAGCAACCGCAGGCAGCAGGUACAUCCGCUCCUGGAUUAAGGCCGUGCGCACCUCCAAAUAUGGGAACCGUUAUACCAGGGACAUCGAAACCUGUUGGAACAGUUCCACCUACUUUACGAAGUCACUCACCAAGUAUGAGUCAGUUGGGAACGAUACCUGCAAUGGCCAUCCAGCAGCACAAUAGAAUGCAAUUUCCUCAGCAACAACAGCAGACCCAACAGCAGCAGCAACAAGCUCAGCAACAACAGCAGCAGCAGCAAGUACAAGCUCAACAACAGAUACAGCAGCAGCAGCAGCAGCAGCAAGGCAUCUUAGUCGGUCCUCCUGGUCCAAGUCCAAACGGACAAUCUACAUCUAAUGCUAAUAUGGUGCCGAAUCCCGGACUUAGUCCGUUUGGACCUCAAAUGUCUCAAGCUAACCUCACAACCACCACUGCAUCUAAUAAUGCAACGACUAGUCAAUUUCCGACGUCUAACGGUACGGCUUCCGGUUUACCCAAUAGUUCCCCUAUUCAAAAUCAGCAUCAGUUCCCAGAUCUAAUGAAAGUCAGAGCUCUAGCGCAAGCCCAGGUUCAGGCGGCGCAACAGCAACAACAGCAGAAUCAGCAGCAACAGUCACAACCAACAAGCACUUCGAAUCAGGUUGGCAAUUCGGCAACAUCGAUCCCACAAGCACCAUCACCGUUCAGCAUGCAACCGAGUGCGCAACAACAGCAAUCAAAUCAACAGUUCCCCACUCGACCAUUAUCGGCAUCUACACCCAAUGAUAAUGGUAUCGCUACAUCAACGCCGCAGACGAUACCACCGCCUGCAUCCAGCGGACCGAGUCCUACAGGUGGCGUGUCCGCAACGCCGACGGGUACGACGAACGGACCUCAAUCGACUACUUCCACGCCAAAUACACCGCUUGUACCGUCGCUAAUGACACCGAAUCAGACGGUCUCAUCCGCGUCCAACCAGACACCACCCCAUUCAGGCCCAACGCCAUCUCCGGCCGGUCUCGCGAGUCUUGGCAAGGGUAUGACCUCGCAAGAACGGGCUGCGUUGAAUGCCCCGCGCAAUACGUCCAUGUCCUCACAGAUGGCUGCUAUUACGGCAGCUCUAGAUCGUGACAAUUCUCCCAGUCCACCGAUGAACAACAACAAGGGAAAGUUGGAUUCUAUCAAGGAAGAGAAUAUGAAGAUGGAAAUCAAACAGGAGCCAGAGGAGCCGCAGAAUCAUAGAAUGGACGGUGGCAAAAGUGUGAACAAUGAGAUUAACAUCAAGACUGAGCCGAAGACCGAGCCGAUGGAGGAGGGCUCGAAUGAGGCGACUAUAAAGGAGGAACCCACUAUCAAGGAAGAGAGCAUGACACCCAUCUCCGGUCAGGAUGCGACCACCUCUGACAUUAAACCCAUGGUGCCGGAACCGAUUCAAUCAAGCGGCACGUCCACCGAUAAGAAGAAGUGUUUGUUCAAGCCUGACGAGUUACGCCAGGCUCUGAUGCCGACGUUGGAGAAACUGUAUCGACAAGAUCCUGAAUCUAUACCGUUCCGACAACCCGUGGAUCCUCAGGCGUUAGGUAUACCGGAUUAUCCGACCAUCGUAAAAAAACCGAUGGAUCUGUCGACGAUUAAGAAAAAACUCGAUACGGAAAAAUACAGCGAUCCGUGGGAAUACGUCGAUGAUGUGUGGAUGAUGUUCGACAAUGCCUGGCUCUACAAUCGCAAGACUUCUCGAGUUUAUAGAUACUGUACUAAGCUCUCAGAAGUAUUUGAGCAAGAGAUAGAUCCUGUGAUGCAGGCUUUGGGAUAUUGCUGUGGCAGGAAAUAUACAUUCAACCCACAGGUGCUCUGUUGUUAUGGCAAGCAACUCUGUACAAUACCUAGGGAUGCGAAGUAUUACUCGUAUCAAAACAGCAGUUUAAAGGGAAUUGGUCUUCUGUCCGACAGAUACACCUUCUGUCAGAAAUGUUUCAACGACAUUCCUGGUGACACAGUGACGUUGGGAGAUGAUCCAACGCAACCUCAAACUGCCAUCAAGAAGGAACAAUUCCAGGAGAUGAAGAAUGAUCACUUAGAAUUGGAACCUUUUGUAACCUGUACGGAUUGCGGAAGAAGGGUACACCAAAUCUGUGUACUCCAUAUGGAAACAAUCUGGCCAUUAGGAUUUACCUGUGAUAAUUGCUUAAAGAAGAAGGGACAGAAACGCAAAGAAAAUAAGUUCAAUGCUAAACGAUUGCCUGUAACCAAGCUCGGCACGUAUAUAGAGACGCGUGUGAAUAAUUUUCUAAAGAAGAAGGAAGCAGGUGCCGGUGAAGUUGCAAUCAGAGUGGUUGCAUCCAGCGAUAAGGUGGUCGAGGUCAAGCCUGGUAUGCGAAGUAGAUUCGUCGAAAAUGGCGACAUGCCGGGCGAAUUCCCUUAUCGCGCGAAAGCGUUAUUUGCAUUCGAAGAAGUCGAUGGCACAGACGUUUGUUUUUUCGGUAUGCACGUGCAAGAAUACGGGAGCGAAUGCACACCACCGAAUACAAGACGGGUUUAUAUCGCGUAUCUAGAUUCUGUCCACUUUUUCCGGCCUAGACAAUUUCGUACGGCUGUGUAUCAUGAAAUUCUUCUUGGAUAUCUCGAUUACGCAAAGCAGCUUGGUUACACUAUGGCUCACAUUUGGGCAUGUCCACCUUCUGAAGGGGAUGAUUACAUCUUUCACUGCCAUCCUGCAGAACAGAAAAUACCAAAGCCUAAAAGAUUACAAGAGUGGUACAAGAAAAUGUUGGACAAAGGAAUGGUUGAGAGAAUCGUACUCGACUAUAAGGACAUUCUGAAACAAGCCAUGGAGGACAGACUUUCGUCCGCGGCGGAUUUGCCAUACUUUGAAGGUGACUUUUGGCCAAAUGUGCUGGAAGAAAGUAUUAAAGAAUUAGAUCAGGAAGAAGAAGAAAAGCGUAAACAGGCCGAAGCAGCUGAAGCGGCUGCAGCGGCAGCAAACGCGAUAUUUUCACUGUCCGAAGACUCCGAAACUCCGGAUGGUAAGAAGAAAGGUCAGAAAAAGGCGAAGAAAUCCAAUAAGUCCAAAGCGAAUCAAAGAAAAAAUAGCAAGAAAUCGAAUACUCCUCAGACCGGCAAUGAUCUUUCCGCAAAAAUCUUUGCAACCAUGGAAAAGCACAAGGAAGUAUUCUUUGUAAUAAGGUUGCAUAGUGCUCAAAGUGCGGCUAGUUUAGCACCGAUCCAAGAUCCUGAUCCCGUUAUCAAUUGCGAUUUGAUGGACGGUCGUGAUGCGUUUUUGACGAUGGCGAGAGAGAGGCAUUACGAAUUUUCAUCGUUGAGAAGAGCGAAAUUCAGUUCCAUGUCUAUGUUGUAUGAAUUGCAUAAUCAAGGCCAAGACAAGUUUGUUUAUACUUGUAAUAAUUGCAAGAGUCAUGUGGAGACCAGAUACCAUUGUACAGUUUGUGACGAUUUCGAUUUAUGUGUGAGUUGUAAAGAUAAAGACGGUCAUCCGCAUCCCAUGGAUAGACUUGGCUUUGAUUUGGAUGACGGAUCAUCGUCAGCUGAUGCUAAACAAACAAAUCCACAAGAAGCCCGGAAAUUAUCAAUACAGAGGUGCAUUCAAUCAUUGGUGCACGCCUGCCAAUGUAGAGAUGCUAAUUGCCGUUUGCCGAGUUGUUGUAAGAUGAAGCGAGUAGUAAUGCACACAAAGAAUUGCAAGAGAAAGACGAACGGCGGUUGUCCAAUUUGCAAGCAAUUGAUUGCGCUGUGUUGUUAUCAUGCGAAACACUGCCAAGAGACCAAAUGUCUUGUUCCAUUCUGCUCCAACAUUAAACACAAGAUAAAGCAGCAGCAACUGCAACAACGAUUACAACAAGCGCAACUACUCAGGAGACGAAUGGCUGCGAUGAAUACGAGACCAAGCGGACCUGUAGCAAUGCAGACCGGUCAGCAAACUUCAAAUGUUGCGAUGGGGACCGGAGUCGCGAUGAAGCCCGGCGUCAGCACGAAUUUACCAUCGCCACAUCAGCCGGGUAUUGGCCUGAAACCUGGCACGCAAACGCCUCCUGCUCAUGUGCUACAAGUAGUUAAGCAGGUGCAAGAGGAGGCUGCAAGACAACAAGCACCGCAUGUCAGUUAUGGCAAAGUGACACCGGGUGGUGGUGUUGGCGUAGGUGUUGGCGUUGGCGUCGGCGUUGGCGGUCAAACGAGCGGCGUAAUGCCACCACCGCAGAUGCAACGACCGCUACCAGUUCAGAUGCCGAAUCCCGGCACGCAUCUCAUUCCGAUGGAUCAAUGGACAGCAAGCAGGUACCAAUCGAAUACGGUAAUGCAACAAAAUCCUAACUUGGCGCGACAGCAAACGCCGCAACAACUGAUGCAACAGCAACAGCCACAUCAAGCUCAACCAGGAAUGGCAAUGAGUGGACAAAUCCCGCGGCAACCAGGUGUGAUUGGUGGGCAGGUUGGUCCGCAGGCGAGUAAUAUGCAGAAGCAUGCUUUGCAACAGUUGAUGCAGACCCUCAGAAGUCCGCAAACUCCCGAGCAACAGAACCAAAUACUUCAAAUACUCAAAAGCCACCCGCCGUUGAUGGCUGCCUUUAUCAAGCAACGGAGGGCGAUUGUUCAUCAGCAACAACCUGGACAACAUGGCGGAGGAGUCGGCGGCCCAUUGGCUCCUAAUCAACCUCAACAACAACCUGGUUUGCAGCAUAUGAUGUCUCAACAGCAACAGCCGCAACAACAGCAGCAGCAGCAGCAGCAACCGCAGCAGCAACAGCAGCAAGGACGCUUGCAGAUUCAGGCAAUGCUGUCGCAGCAGGCACAACAACAACAGCCGGUGCAACAAGCACAAUGGUAUAAGCAGCAGAUGCUAGUGAUGCAGCAGAGACAACAGGUGGCCCAGCAGCAGCAGCAGCAGCAACAGCAGCAGCAGCAGCAGCAGCAGCAGCAACAACAACAACAACAACAACAACAGCAACAACAACAACAACAACAGUCGUUUACUCAACCACCAGCGCCGCCGUACGGUCAGCAGCGACCCAUACGGCCGUCGCUUCUUGGUAAUCACACGAUCCCUCGUAAUUACUUAGAGAACGGGGAGGCUCCAUUACGCAACGUCAUUUUUCGACACCAACACUUGCCCAACUUCCCAGGUUAUGGCGGUUUCAACGAACAAGGCUACGGUCAGCCGGGUCUGAAACCCACUCCGCCGCCUGUGCCCUCGCCGCAAGGCGUCAUGGGGCCGCCGGGGAUCUCCGUGCAGCAACAACUGAUGCAAUCAGUCCGUUCGCCACCGCCUAUCCGUUCUCCACAGCCCAACCCUUCGCCACGACCUGUUCCCUCUCCUCGUAAUCAGCCAGUACCGUCGCCGCGAUCGGGCCCCGUGCCGUCGCCGCACCACCAUCCACCCCACGGCACGCCUACGCAUUCGCCGGCACAUGAACUCGGUGGCGGUCCUAGUGAGAUGAUGCUCUCGCAGUUAAGCGGUGGCCCCGGUGCACCUACCGGCCAUCCCGCCGCUAUGCCUCAUCACCCCUCGCCUGCGCCGGCGCCCACGAAUGGUGGCGCGGACGCUAAUGAGGUGACGCCGAUGACGCCGCAGGACCAACUCUCCAAAUUCGUCGAGGGGUUGUAGUGACUGUUACGGACGAUCACAUCGGUCGAUUAUGUAAGUGAUUUCCUUAACUCUUCGCCGGCGGAUGCCGGGUCAAUUCUGAUUUAUAUCUUAAUACUAUUUUAUAAAGUUUACGUGAUGAUUGAAGCAAAUAUUUCAUGUGUACAGAAUAACACAAUGUAAUUAUCAUUUAUUUUUAUUGUAUAAUUAAAAUGUUUUGUGUUUUAAUCAUCAUACAUAAAUAAUAGCAUUUUUCUAAAAAAAAAAAAUAAUUUAAAAAUUAAAUAUAUUGAAAUUUUUAUUCUGAAAUAUAUGCACUGAAGAACUUUAUUAUGGGUCAAAAUUGAUCCAAGAUCCGUCGUGCGGUUGUUAGAGGAUAAAAAGAAGAUGAUGGCGGCGGCGUUCGGACGGCUGCGAUCGUCUACAUCGCUUGAUUUAUAAAUAAUACGAAACAUGUAGGACAUGAUCAGAUCGCUAGAUAAUUAAUUCUGAUACUGUUUCGUGCGCAUAAGAUAGAGACUGAAAGAGAUAGUUUGACGUAUAUUGCGUCGAAUUUUCGUUGAGCGAUUGAGUUGGGCUUGACAUCCUCAUGACCGGAGAUGGCGAGUUCCGAUUUUGCAACCCUUGACCCCUCAUGCGAGAUGCUCGGGUCGCGCGCGCAAAUAUCUUCUCUUUCGAUCUCCCACGAAUCUUUUUUCGAGAGAAAAGAGAAACAACGCGAUGUUGGUGCUUUUCAAUGUUAUUCGGCCUGGCUCAGAUAGACUCAAAAUUGUUUUCGUCCUUGGUCAAGAAAGGAAAAGAUAGAAAAAUUGGUAAAGCGAUGAGGAAAAAUGAAAGACUAAAGCGAAACUAUCGAGAGACUAUUAUUACGUAUUUUCCCCUCGUACCAUCCGGAGCCCCUUCGAUACUACCACUCUUCCUCGCUGCUGCUCACGCAGGAUGAGUGAAAUCGUACAAAUAUAUACAUAUAUAUAUGUAUAUAUAUAUAUGUUGUGUAUAUUUAACGUUAAUUAAUAAUUAAUAGUUCAAAUACUAUUAGAUCGUAAUUAGUACGGUAUAAUUGUAUGCAAUUAUUCUAUACUAGCACGUAUGUAAGUAAUAUAUUCGUUUAAGGAGAGAAAAUUUGUUAUUAAGGUGAUAUCUCCAUUUAAGCGCCGCCGAAAAGGUUGUAUCUUAGCGCCGUGAAAUUUUAUGAAAAAUAGCGCGAGAAAUUUCACAUUUUCUCAAAUGCUGACUAAAUCGUUAGUCGUAUUAAAUGACGACGAUUCUCUGGACAGAAUGCCUGAUCAUCAGUCGUUACUCCUGUUGAGAGAAUGACGAAUAAUGACGAAUAAAUAUGAUGCAACCAAAAAAUAGAAAUUCACCACAGGCUGCUAGUGUGCGCGGGAGGAUUUAUAUAAAAAUGUGUUAAUUUUGAUGAAGAAAAGAAGAAUAAAGUCUUUUUCCAAUUGAGGGUCCAUAAGCAUGUGUACAGUUCAAUCAAAAUGUAACUAUGAAAAUGCGUAUUCGAUACCGGGCCCUCAAACGAGAAAACCUUGUAAAUAUUAGGUUAUUAUUAUGAUAACGACGAUUAUUAAUUUACCUGCCGAGUAUCGAUUAAUUAUUAUUAUUAUUAUUAUAAUUAUAAUAUAUUAUUAUUAUUAUUAUUAUUAUUAUUAUUAUUAUUAUUAUUAUUAUUAAUAUGUUAGUCUAUUGACUAUGAUCAAUUCAUACAUAGAUAUAUUGUAAUAUUUGCAUAGAAUGAGAGAGGAAUUCACACGCGUUAUUACUACACACGGGUUGGCAAAUGACCCGCGUACAAAACACACCGAAUCACAUUACAUAACUAUGCCAGUGUUGUAUCAUAGCAAAGCUCUAAGUGUAAGCUCCUCCCUCCUCUCUCAGAUCCCUCGCAUCCCCUCCCCCUUUCCAUCUCUUUCUUUACCACUCCUAUUUAAAAUGACCUAAUAAUAACGUGGAAUGUGCGUGAAACAUGUCGUGUUUCAAAAGAUCCGUGAUAUCGGAUAUUUUUGAAGUACAUACUUUGUAUAAUGUAGCUAUUGUGUAAAAUUAAGUCAACUGAUGAUUAAAGAAAAAACAAUCGAAAGCAAGGAAAGAUUAGUGCACACACAUACGCAAAUAUAUAUACACCGGCAUAAAGCUGACAAAAAACGAAAUUUUAUAGCGAUCGUGAGAACGAUUGUGUUUUCAAUUUUUGAGAUGCAAUCUCGCAGUAUAAUUAUGAAUGAAAGAAACGUCAAUCGAUACUGUAAUCUAGUUCCACCGAAAAUGCACAAAAAGCGCGAUACACAUAUAUACACAGAGACAUACACACACACAUCCGCGCGCGCGCGCGCGCGCACGUCAUUACACACAUGUACGUUUGAAAUUGUACAUCGAUGCGUUACGAAUUCUCGUUUGAACUCUCAGCAGCUUUUUGAUCGUGUUUCUUUUUUAAUUUAAUUUUCAUGGAUUAACGAAACGAAAAUAGAAAAAAGAGAACGCGAUCGAACUCGGUGAAACUCGAUUAAGGUCAGCGGUCGACCUCGAUUGGGUGUAUCAAAUUUUUUCACGUAUUGUUACAGGCAAUCGAAUCUUUUAAAAUUUAUUGAAAUUUACUUGAUGUUGCCCAUCCGUCUUGCCGCAUUUGGUGAACGUCCAUAUCUCGCAGUUUGCAACGCAUACUACGAUACGAUUUGAACUUGCGUUUCCGAGUACCGAGAAGUCUUGACGAAGCGGUAAAUAUUCGAUACCGGAACACACAUUCCUUCUCUUAGAUUACGCUUCACAGAGGGGAAAAAAGCGCGUAACGUUCCGAAUGAAGCAUUAUUAUAUGUUUUAUAUAUCUGUUUUUACAAAACUAAAAAAAAAGGGAAGUUUUCUUCCUUUCUCCUUUAUGAAUCGGACUCGCUUGUUGUUAUUUACUGGCUCGAGCUGCUAAGAUAUCUCGGGGAAUCAAACGAGAUCGUGAGCGCAUUGUGUGUACACGGUUUUUCUCUAUUCCUUUCCUUCUUUUUUUUUUUUUUAUUGAACAAUAACGAGAAAUUAGCGAGGAUUGCUAGCAAAAGGAACGGUAAUCGAGUGUAGAUUUAAAUAAAUGAUUUUACUAUAUAUAGCAAAGAAAAGAAUGUGAAGUAAUCGUGUAAACGACAAAACCCAAAAAGUAUUUGGCUUAGUAUGGCUGUGUUUUUAGGGCAAUGUUGUAAAUCUGAAAAUGGUGUGUAUACCUUUGUGGUAAUUAAACCUUUAAGAGAGAAUAUGGAUGUUUGAAUGCUGCGCGUACCAACGCGUACAGAUUGAUAUCGAAAAAUAAAUCCUAUAUACCAAUCGUCUUGCAAUAAAAAGAAAAAAGAAAAAAAAAUAACAAGAAAGAGGAAGAAAUCGAACGAGUAAAGUUUUUCUUCUCGGGGACGACUUUCGUAGCCGAUACAUUGUUGACCGUCCUUACUCUUUCCGGAAGUGAGCAAGGGCGGGCAAGAAGAGAGAUUGCGAAAGUUGUUCUUUUGCGACACGCGGUCGAUCAUCGACAAUACCAACCAAUGGUGCUUGCAACCAGACGGCAUUGUAGAGAUUCUCUCUUCCUCUCUCUGGCUGCUUGAAUGUACUGAAAUGCAAAAAGAGCGAGAGGGGAUAAAAAAAAAAGAGUGCGCGUUGGUGCGCGAAGCAUUCGCAGCGAGAUUUACUAUUGUAAGCGAGAGAGCGAGCGAGCGAGAGAAAGAGGUGAAUGAUAUAUAUAUAUAUAUAUGCAUAAACAUAUGUAUUAUAAUUUUUUUUUUCUUUUUUAUAUUUAUCGAACAUAUUCGAGAGAAGAUUAUGGGCCCGCGGUCUGUAUACAUAUACGCGCAAAGCGCGCGCGUCGAUGAUAACAUUAUGAAUUAAUUAAUUAAUUAAUUAAUUAUCCGAUUUAUAGACGAUAAAACUACAGACAAAGCUAUUGGAAUAUAAUAAUUAUUAUUACAAUAUUAUUAUUGAAAUACCGAAUAUAUAUAGAGUACUACUUUUUAUUAUGACUUUUCGUAAAUAGUGAAUUAAUUAUCUAAUUAAAGAUUAAUGAGAUGCAUAAUGUAACGUUUCUCCCCCGCCCCUUCCGCCCAUCAAGAGAAAUACCUCGAGCGAAAGAGAGGGAGGGCUCUCUCCUUCUUUCUUCCUCGCGUCGUGUUGCAUUCUCGUCCUCUCUGAUAGUGCAGUCGUGAUAAGAAUUGCACAAUGACAUGAUGAUGAUGAUGAUGAUGAUGCGUGCGUUCCUUUCUUUUGCUCGACGAAAUUUUGGCCGUUUCCGCGGUCGAGUGACUCGAGAUCGUGUUAUAUGAUUGAUGAGAAAUAUCUUUACCUCCAGACGAGAAAAAAAAACCGCAGAGUGACUUAGGAAGAAAACUUUUAGUUACACACACACACACAUAUAUAUAUAUAUAUAAAUAUAUCUCGCCGUCGUUCUUUUUUUUUUACCUAUCGUUUUUAGCGUUAAAAGUAAUAAUAUAAUAUGUCGCCACACGACGACGUUCACCGCCCGUCAGGUUCCGAAACUUUUGCUACCGUCGUUUUUAUAAUUUUAGAAAAAAACAAAACAAAAAAAACGCAAAACGGAUAUCUUUUUUAUGUAAUAUUUGCAACAUAGAUAAGUAAUGUAUGUUAAUCGUGAAUAUAACGAGUAUUGUUACAUGAUUAUUAAAAGAAAGAGUUUCGAAAAUA